ACUGCCCAACAAUGGCCUCGGAUGGUGGGUGGGUCCGUGUUGUGACCGUCUCCUGGCUCCUUGUGCUGUCUCACGGGCAGAGGAAGCUGUAUGUGAGGGACGGGGCUCUGGGUCUGGGUGGGGAGAAGGUGUAUCUGUCGGGGAUCAAUCAGGCAUGGGUCAAUUUCGCACAUGACUUCGGACAAGGAAACUAUAAGAAAUCUCGACCCCACCUGAUGAAAACGUUGGAUAGUAUCCGCGACAAUGGAGGGAACUCUUUACGAAUGUGGCUCCACAUCGAUGGCUCGUCUACACCGAAUUUCAACAGCUCUGGCUAUGUGACUGGCCUUGACCGUGACCUCAUCUGUGACCUCACCGAUUUCCUGAACGAGGCUCGGGAAAGAAACAUUCUCAUCAACUUGGUGUUAUGGAACUGCGCCGUUAAACCUGGGGACAGACUGGGCGGCCUUCUGUCUGACGACUCGAAGCUGCAGUCCUACAUAGAUUACGGUCCGAAGCCGCUUGUGAAGGCCCUGAAGAACAAUUCAGCACUGGGGAUAUGGGAGAUCAUCAACGAACCGGAAGGAUGCGUGGACGUCGGUGAGAGCACCCUCCCCAUUCAGUAGAAGUCAGUGAUAUUACAGCUACACUACGGUGACCUGUAA